GAUCCGGAGGGCGCGUCAACGUCGCUAUAAAGCUCGGCCGCGCGCGGCGCCUUCCUCUCAUUGCUCUCGCAGAGUGUAGUGGGUUGUCUUCUUCUCUCCAUCCGGUACGCUUGGUUCGUGUGAGGUUCCCGCGGGAAUGGCAGAUGCGGACGGUGCCGAGUACCGCUGCUUCGUCGGCAGCCUGUCCUGGAACACCGACGACCGCGGCCUCGAGGCUGCUUUCAGCUCCUUCGGCGAGAUCCUCGACGCCAAGAUCAUCAACGAUCGCGAGACGGGGAGGUCCCGCGGCUUCGGGUUCGUCAGCUUCUCCAGCGAGCAGGCGAUGCAGGACGCCAUCGAGGGGAUGAACGGUAAGGAGCUCGAUGGUCGCAGCAUCGUCGUCAACGAGGCCCAGUCCCGCGGGUACGGCGGCGGGGGUGGCGGCAGGUACGGUGGCGGCGGUGGCGGAGGCGGUGGCAGGUACGGCGGUGGUGGCGGGUAUGGCCAGCGCCGCGACGAUGGCUACGGGGAUGACGGCUACGGCGGUGGCCGCGGUUACGGAGGCGGACGCUACGGCGGUGGCAGGGGGUACGGCGGGCGGCGUGACGGCGGCUACGGCCGCGGAGGCAACUCCGACGGAUACUGAAGGAGCUGAGGGGACGGCCCCACGCGGCCAGUCAUCUUGCGAGUUCGCGGUCGUGAUCCCGAGUUAUCUUGUCUCUUGUGUUGUGUGGUUUUCAUUUGUGUUUUUUGAGAGUAAAUAGCAUAAAACUACUACAAUUCGGGUUAGGGUUUUAAAAAACUAUUGGAUUUUAUUUUUUCA